AGCUCCACACUCACUCUCACGGUCUCAACCCCGUCACCACCACCGCCCCGCGAGUUGUCUCCCAGCCGUUACCCAUUCCGUACUCGCCAACGCCCUCUCUCGACCUUGUCCCUCCUCUUCAUCCCUACCUUCAGCGCGAGGACUCACACGCCCUGCUCUUCCCCGGCCCGUCCCGUCGAAUCCGGUCGCCGAAGUGCACGAGGAGGCGCUCCAGCUCGUCAUGCUCGCGGGCGAGCCAGCCUUAGGCGCCGUCUGAGGCGGACGCGGAGGCGCGGGACUCACCGGCGGCGACGCCCUGACCCGCCUGGCCUCACCCGCGGUGAGACACGCCGUCUGGCAUCCCCGCGCCCAGCUCUGAGUAUGAAGGCGUGGAGCAAGAUAGCGGGCCACGGGCCACCGUGGCCGUGGCGGCGGGUUGUGGUGGUCGGCCUCGGGGAGGCGGCGACGAUUGCGGCGCUGAGCGGCUCCAUGGCGAGCGCGGGGCGGGAGCGGUGGAGGUUGGUGUGGCCACGGAGAAAGUUAAAGAGCGAGAGCGUGAGGGGCUGGCCAUCCUCGCGCAGCCGGUUGAAAGGGGGCUUCGAUCCCGUCUGAUGCAGUUAUUCCUGGGGUUCCCGUAUAAGCGCUAUCUACGGUGCCUCAGCUCAGCCUACGUACGGCGUCGCCCAUGGAUCCUCAUGUCAUUUCCAAGGCGAUCACAAGGAAAUCUUGUGUUGGGGUACUAAGUACUUACAGGCCAAAUGUAUAUGUUGGAAUGCAUGCUGGGUGCUUCAGAUUGGUGAUAUCUUGCUCUUUAUAACAGGCUAUUUCCAAUGAUUUUUGUCUUAGUCGUCUAGGACAUGCUGGAACUAUCUAUGCCACUUCACAGUGCUAGCAUCAGUAGUUUUGAUGUUGUGAACUUACUCAUCUCACAAACAUUAGGCAUAGAAAUGUAUUUUUUUCUCUCUUAUUAGUUUAGUGCAUAUGUCCAAUGUAAACCAACUGACAAUGGCUUUGCCACUCUUAAGUAGAAAUUCACCUCAGCUAGGUGAAAGGGCCAUAGGCGUCUAGUUAUGCUGGAUUUGCUUUUAAAGCAUCGAUAUAGGUAAUCUAAGCGACUUGUUGCUGAAGCUAACUUCACAAUGUGGGGUGGUCAACAAAGCCUUAUAUUAGUGAUCUAAACGCCUUAUAUUAGUUUACGGAGGGAGUACUCCCUCCAUCUCACAAUAUAAGAUGUUUUUGCAAGCUAUGUUAGCUUGCAAAAACGUCUUAUAUUAUGGGACAGGGGGAGUAGUUAUCAAUGGAAUAGAGCAGUACAGUUUGAGAUUCUUUGGCACAAAUUGUUGACACCAAGGACACCGAACUCUCAGUUCAAUACCUUCAGCAUCUCAUAUUUUCCCCCAGCAUGCGUGUCUUCUCAAUUGGAAUGAUGUAAUUAAAUAGAGCAGUACAGUUUGAGAUUCUUUGGCACAAAUUGUUGACACCAAGGACACCGAACUCUCAGUUCAAUACCUUCAGCAUCUCAUAUUUUCCCCCAGUAUGCGUGUCUUCUCAAUUGGAAUGAUGUAAUUAAAUAUAUGGAGGUGUGAUGUACUAUUUCUGCUGCUGGUGCAGCAUGCUAUUCUGUACUAAAUGGAAAUAGUAUUUGUAUGCAGUAACGAUUUUGUACUGCCAAGCCUGUGAAAAAUCAUGCUAAUGCAACUUAUAUUUACAGAACCCCAUUGUCUAUAAUUGCUGGAUUAAUGUGGAUUGGCAUGAAAAAUGGACAAUCUUUUAUAUUAUAUGGUGAUGUGCAACCUUAUUGAAUCUUUUUUUGAAGCCAUUUUUGCUAUGCAGGUGCAAUUGCAUACACAAACUGAAACACAGGCAGAAGGACUGGUGUGCACUGAGACUGAGACUGAGACUGAUAACCAUGACUGGUCACUGGUGUGCACGCACCCAGCUCAUGGCGAAAGAUACUAGAAAAAAGGUGAAGAAGGAGCGGCCGCCCACUCGACGGUGUGGUGCAGGGCGGCGAGGGAGCCCGGCAGGGAGGCGUUGAUGCGGUGCAGGGCGGCGACUAUACGAUGCAGGGAUCGAGGUCGCCAUGCAGGGAGGCGACGGUGCUGCUGAGCUUCGUCUGGGGCGGUGCGAGGAGAUACCCGCUGCUUCUAAUCGAAUCUGGAGAAGACAAUCGCAUAUCCUUGUUCCCAUGGCGUCGACAGACCCACCUGCCGAGAGGAGGAGGCCUGCUCCUCCGCUGCCGUCCCCUAUUGUCCACCUCUCCUUCAGCAGCGACGCGUCCUGCUUCGUCGUUGCCGGCACCUCCAGCGUGCAUUGGCUUUCAUGCGACACCUUCAGCCUGCGUGGCCUCUACCAAGAAAAAGAUGCCAGAAAGACCGUCGCCGCAGCGGCCGGCGAUAUGCUUAGCCUCAAGGAAUCAGCAUGCGCCACCGUGAGCCGCGUCAACAGCACCAAGUUCUUCAUCCGGCGUUGGAAGCCGGGAUACAUGAACUACCACUGGCGGUACUUCGAGGGGGAGAAGACAUACACCGGAGGCGAAGAUGACGUGCGGGCAGUGCGCGUCCACGGCGCGAAGACCGUCGUCGUGCUCGUUGACCGGCUGGAGGUGCUCGGCUGCAGGACCAAGGACACCGAGGACAAAGAGCUUUGGUUGCUGCACUCAGUGGUGACCGGGGGCAAUCCCCUUGGCCUCUGCGCCGUGUCGUCAGGCGCGUCCUUCGCGUUCGUGUGCCCCGGCGCCAGGGAUGGUGAGGUGCACGUCGAGCGGUGGUUGGACGAGGGGGAGGUCGCGGCGCCCGUGGUGGCCAUACGUGCACACUCUUCCCGCCUUGCGUCCAUUGCCAUGUCUUGCGACGGCCGGCUCGUGGCCACAGCUAGCGUCAGGGGCACCCUCGUGCGCAUCUUCAGCGCCACCGACGGUGCGUUGCUCCAAGAGCUGAGGAGAGGCAGAGACGGAGCAGACAUCCACUGCAUCGCCUUCUCUCCGGAUUCAAAAUGGUUGGCGGUCAGCAGCGACAAGGCAACCGUGCACGUGUUCAGCGUCAAUAUCGAUUUGCCAAGCCUGACACCGGAGGACAGCAACAGUCCCGGCGGUCUCCAAGCAGCCCCGGCGCCGUCGUCUCCAGCAGUAGCUACAGCCAACAAGAGGUCGUCGUUGUCGUUCGCUGGAGGAUUCUUGCCGGGCUAUUUCAGUUCAGAAUGGUCGUCGACUCAGAUCCGCGUCCCUGAAGGCACCAAGUACUUGGUCGCGUUCGGCAGUCAGCCAAACACCCUUCUCAUCCUCGGCAUUAAUGGACGCUUCUACCGGUGCCGAUUCGACCCGGAAAAAGGAGGCGUAGUGGACGUGCGGCACAAAGGGACGCCUUGUGGGAGUGUGGGACAGGACGUGGAGUGCAUCAACUUCAUGAAUCCGAGCAAGAAAACAUCUAAUUCGAAGCCAUAAUAUGGCAGCUAGCCUUGUUAUCUUUGCUUUCUCAUUCAUCUUCGUCUUUCUGAGGGAUGCAGAUUUGGAACCUCCAGGGUAUCCUUCGACCCUACUUAUAGUUCAACUAAAUGAACUAACUUGAAUUCUGAAAAGUUAGUUCAUUUGAUUGAACCAAAAAGGAUCGGAGGGUACCCUUUAGGUUCCACAUUUGCAUCCCCAGUCUGUCUGAACAGUAAUAAAUGCACUACUGUGUGCAGCCCUGCGCCAUUUUGGAACGCUGCAUGAUUUUGUUUUUGUUCAAUGCAUUUUGUUACUGUUGUUUGGUGCGUACGCACGUCUGUUUGCUAGCAGUCGGUACUUGCACUCAUGAUCAUGGUCUGAUGGGCAUGGUGACAACCUCCCCCACCCCGACUAAUCUUGAUCAGAUCGACCACA